AGUUUCAUGACGUCAGUGUAACGCAUCCGUUAUACUCCUCCCGUGCAUCCCAAUAUUUCAAUCGAAGCAGGCGUUCGUUUUCCUCUUUUAGUUCAACUUAAAUGUGAUUGACAAUACUGAAAUGUGGCUUUUAAACUACGGUCUACAGACUGCAAGCGUAGCGGUGUUGUAUGUGGUCGGUUUCACCGGUGGAACCUUUGUUUUCGGUGCAGUCACGCUAUACCAACUGUUCCGCUACACUCCUCUGUGGCCAUUUGUUAUUCUGUAUUUAUCGUGGGUUUUUCUCAUCGACUGGAAAACCCCUGAACGAGGAGGAAGGGAUCAACUAAGAAACUUCGCAAGGCGACUAGCAAUUUUUAAGUAUAUGAAGGAUUAUUAUCCCAUGACGCUUGUGAAAACCAGCGAACUUGAUCCACAGACGAACUACAUCUUUGGUUAUCAUCCACAUGGUCUUUUUACAGAGGGAGCGUCCAUUGGUAUAGGUACGGAUGCCUGUGGAUUUGGUGAAAAAUUCCCGGGAAUUAUACCCCACCUUGCAGUUCAUUCAGGUAAAAACAGCUAUCACUCUGAAUUUUCACUGUACUGUGAAAACUGAAUCCUUGGUUUGUGGUCUUGUCAAAAAUAUAAAGCAAUAAUUUAUAAUAUUUAGUACCGGGACAGCAUAAAACAAGGGUGAAUCCUUUUCGACCUUUCCGUUUGCUGGUGCUUCUACAUAUUUUUUAUAUGGAUCUAGGACUGUGGAGUUGGGAUUUUGGAUCUACGAAAUCCUGGGAGCAUAAUAUUAAUGAAUCAAUCAGAUUAAGAACUUCAUUCAAGCCACUCAGCUGAGGCAAAUAUUUAUUAUAGCGGCAUUGGAUUUCAGUGAAAUUUUAGUAAAUUCCCCAUUAUGUUGACAAUUAGGACAGUGUAAUAACCCUCUCAUAGGGCCAAAAGACCUGAUGAAGCUUGAUAUUUGCUUGAAGCAUCUACAUGUGUUGUGUCAUCUGUUGUCGGUGAUAGCAGGAAUAAAAAAUGACAUUAAGAUUCACUUCUUAUUACAUCCUUGGAAACUGUUUCCAGACAGCUCCCGUCCUUUCCUUCUAUUUGUAUGCACUUCAGACUUUAUGAGAAAUGCAUUAGAACCUCAGUAACUCAAACUCCCUAAAAUGAAAUGCAAAACAGUUCUAAUUAAUUAGUGAAUCUGGUCAAGGGAAAGUAAAUUUUGUUGUUGUUAGCGAGGAAUUUAUGUUAUCCAAAUUCCUGUUGACUCAGUAAAAAUGACUGAAAAGUGAGGGGAAAUCCGAGGGAAAUUGGACUUAGUUCGAGUUAGCAGGGAGUUCAAGUUAUCCAAGUUCAAGUUAUUGGGGUCCUACUGUAAUACAUUAUUAAUUUUGUGAUGUCAGAACCACAAACUCUGUUUGAGCAUCAGACUAGUCUGAGAUUUCACAUUUUUGCACAGGCUUACUGAAAGCAUGGAUAUAUCGUGAGAUACUACUGAGUCUUGGUGUGGUUGAUGCUACACGUGAGAGCAUAAAAUAUGUGCUAACCCAAAAGGGGGCAGGACACUCUAUUGUCCUUGUUGUUGGAGGAGCUGCAGAAAUUAGUCAUUGCCGUCCUGAUAGUUAUGUGCUACAAUUUAGUCGUCGUAAGGGAUUUAUUAAGCUGGCUUUGGAAACUGGGUGAGUGUGAUGUGAGCCCACGAAGGGUAAGUGAGGCACUCAACAUUUGACCUACACUGGAACAUACUGCUGAACAGGGUCUGCUUUUUCUCUCUCUUUCCUGAACAGGGUAUACAAUUUGCAUGAGCUUAUCCUACAAAAAGGAACCUAAAACAGAGGUUAAUUAAGGUUGUUGUCCUAAACAAGGACAGUGUUUUUCUUGUGGGAUUUUAGGGUCAUUAAAUAAGGUGUUGUGUCAGUGUUUGAAGUCCCGGCAUCACACCUGUACCCAAACUUUCCUUGAGUGUCCCCCAGGAGUGUUUCAAACCCUCAACGUUAAAUUUGUGUCCACAGUAAUGUGUCAUGAACCUCUCAUCACCUUCAAAUUUGACUUGAUUGAAAAUGUCAGCUACAGUAACUGCUUUGAUCAUUUAUAGUGCCGGAAAGGGGCAUUUUACUUGUUGUAGGAGCUCAAGGUAGUGCCAGUUGACUAUAGACUAAUCCACAACUUACAAGAGGGCAAGAUAAGAAUUAAGGGUCUUGAGAAGGGCUUAGGAGAAGAGUUCAUUUUUUUAUCUGUUGCCCCUAGUAUUUUGAUUUCUUCCUUGUUCAAUUGUAACAGAUGGAAUUCCUUGAGAAUUCUGCUACUAUGGUACCUGUGUAUAUGUUGCGGGUUAAAGUUGAUUUCAGGUUGUUUUGAUUUAACCUAGGUUGACUCGUAAUAUUUCCUUUGCCUCUUAAACCUAAUCCAUGAAUAAUUAGGACUAGGAGACAAAGAAAAUUGAGAAACAACCUAGAUUUAAGAAUUUUAACCUGAAUUUAAUUUUGACCUGUAACACAUCACUGUCCUGGAUGUCCUGUGUUAACUGCAGUGGACGUUCCUAUAUGCCAUUUUGUUUAGCUCAAGUAGACAUGGGGUUAACCAUGAGUCAUGAAUGCCAGUGCUCGAUUGGUUUACUGCGCACCUAAGUAUUGUCAUGUUACUCCUUUGCUAAGAGAACUCCACUGGCUUCCAGUACGCUUGCGCGUAGAUUUUAAGAUUCUCCUUGUUACAUUUAAGAUUCUUCACGGUGUUGCGCCUAGCUAUCUUAAGGAUCUUGUCUCUGUCCUACCGGACUCACGUUACCAACUACGCCGUAACAAUAAUGGUAUAUUAUUAGAAAGACCUCGGCUAAGAACGAAGAAGACUUUGGGAGAUCACGCGUUAUCGAUGGCUGCCCCCUUUUUAUGGAACAGUCUUCCUCUGCCAAUAAGACAGGAAACAUCAAUCGACUCUUUUAAACGCUCUGUUAAAACAUAUUUAUUUAAGAAGGCUUUUAGCUAGAUUAUUUAUUUAUUUAUUUAUUUUUAAAUAUUGUAAUUUUACCGGGUAAUUUUACUGGUUUUUAAUUUAGUUAUUAAUAAUAUUGUAAUGCGCUUUUGAGUAUUUUUAUAGAAAAAGCGCAAUAUAAGUAUUAAAUAUUAUUAAAUAUUAUUAUUCUGGAGCUUUGCAAAUCUAUUGUGAUCAAUGGCAUGCAGACAGUUAUGCGACCACGUCUCCUAAGCAAUCACCUAUCAAAGAUACCAAAAUGUCAGUGCCAGUCAAAGCAGUAGAAACCUCUCAUAAACAUCAAGUGACAACAUGGAACUGCACAUAUUUUCACUUAGAAAUUCUAUGUAAUAAUUUAGUUUCUAUCAAACCUGUUCCACGUCGAGGCCUUACGAUAAUACAAAAGUCACUUUCUCGUUUUUCACUUUAUGCAGAUGUGAUCUUGUACCAGUGUUCGCCUUUGGACAGAACAACUUGUUUCCUCUGAUAGGCGGGGGAUACAAUUCACGUUUCUCAAGGUUCAACCGCUGGCUGUAUUCAAACACCCGCUGUGGAUUUUGUUGUUGUUGGGGGUUUUCCUGGUGUCUUCCAAAACGAUCUCCUAUCUUCGUAGUGGGUAAGGAAAUCAGUUGUUUUUUUAUUAUUAAUAUUUUGUCAUUGUCGCAGAGGUAACUGUCUGUCCCCACGCAUCGAUCUCUUAAAAAACAGAUUACUUUCGACACUUUUAAAACUACUCCAAGCUGGUUUACAUCUGUCCUAAGGAGGGUGUAAAGAGGGUGUCACAGAAGGCCAUAAUCGUUUAGAAACAAAUACGUAAGAAAAAGCUUCAGAAAUACAAGAAGACAUGUUAUAAAAAUUCCUUCAAUUUCAACUUUCAAACUUCUACUGUGUGUAUUAAAAAGAAAAGAAAACUAUAUUUGUCAGUUGAAGCAAGGGCCAUACGAAACAAAGAUACUAAAGCUACAGAAAAACGGGAAACAAAUACGUGCAACUUGUUUUGCAACAUAUUAGAGAGAUUAAGAUUUACGUUUACGCCAAACGGCAAACGUGAGUUUGUACCACGUGACCAAGUUUUUCCCUUAAUUGUCGUCAACUGUUUAUUACUUCAACUAAAAAAUAAGUAGUUUGACGCCCGUUUUAUACAUAAGAAUUGUUCUGUACAGUUUUUAUCUGCUUAUUUUCUAUUUUGAGAAAUUAUCAGCUUGAAUCUGACGUUUGCCGUUUGGCGUAAACGUAAAUCUAAAUGUCUACUAUUUCUAGAAAACAAGUUGAAAAGCUAUGUUGCGCGAUUUACCACAAACGUUCAAAACUGCCUCACAACAAAUCAGGUUUGUGCAAGUUGCGGAAAUACUGAAUUUACGUCACUUGCUGCAAAACAAGAAAAAAGGGCAACAAAACAAGUUUGCCUUGCGCCGCGCGGUAAAACGCCCAACAUGAACUUCUUUCUACUAUAUACUAUCUGCAUUUUCAUUACUUCUUUUCAACCUCGUCCCCAGGGUCUUCUCGUUCUCCAGUAUUGGAAAACGAGAAGACCCUGGGGUCGAGGUUGAAAAGAAGUAAUUAAUAGAGAGGAGAAAUGUGACGUCACGUCACCAUGGUAGCACUAUUUCUGGAUGACAACAAAACCAACGACAAAAAAGUAAUAGGAUUUUAUUGACAAAACAACGUGCAUCAUGCCAUUUUGUUCACUUCUCUACCGUGGUUGCACCCUUGGGACAUGAAACUUCCUAAUUUCACACGCUCGUUUUAUGGAGUGGGUGAACACAACACAAAUGUUGUCUUUUUCUUUUUCUAAACUUAAAGACGGUCCUUUCGGAUUCAACCUGAGAAAAUGUCGCCAACAUUUUCCAAAUUAAAUAAAAUUGAAUAAGAUGGAUGAAGUUUGAAGCAGUGCGAAUUCACUUUUUAGGUGAAGUUUUCGGUUUCUUGUCAAGCAAAAAUUUUGCUACCAUGACAACGUGACGUAACGACUUCUCCUCUCUAUUGAAAGGUCAAAAUAGAUCAGGUGAAAGAUAUAAGGGUACCUGGGAAGCUAGAACGGGGAUCCUGAACAGCAAGAACAAAACAAACUAGAAAGACAAUUUCUGCAUGCACGUUGUGCAUUUUCAUACAGUUCUCAGCUCUUAAGUUCUUAAAACAGUUCAUCCAAGAAGAUCAAAUAGAAGCUUUUGGCGGAGAAUGUGAACACUUGAUUGUAAAUUUUCCGCUCUCGUUUCUUUGAACUUAAAAGACGCGCAGUCCCCACACUGUUUAGCUCUUAGGCCAUUUAAUCUCGAGAAAAAAAGAUAACUAAAAAUAUUCAACGCGACUCGCGGUUCUCAAGGGCAACGAGGUGGAGUUUUUAGAUAAUAUAUACUCAACUUCGCCCCCAGAGGACCCUGAGAAGGAGGCUGUUUGUUAUACGGAAUCCGCUGGACCCGUUCCUAGUACCCUACGUCGACGUCACGCUCGGUCGUUGUCAUCUGACAUCAUCUCUGACUCGUAGUGCAUACUAGCGUUAUUACGUCGUGUACAGCCGUCUACACAAAGCCAAGAAAAACGCACAUCUGUCUACACUUCGACCCCAGGCUAUUUAAUGUGGACCUAAAGGCCGAAACGCUAAAACAUGGAUACGUUUUGCGAAGAAAAUGCAUUUUUGUGGGUGGUUUCUUCGCCUAAUCAAAUGUAAAUUAAGACUUGUGUUCUUUAAUUUACUUUAAUUUUCUGAAUUUUUCUGUUCCUUAUUUUAUCUUUACAGUAGGUUCGCCUAUUCCCGUGGACAAGAUUGAAAAUCCAACACAGGAAACUAUCGAUAAACUGCACUCGCGCUACAUCGAGGAUAUAAAGGAACUGUAUAAAAAAUACUUCAAAGCGUACCACCCUACGGACAAAUCGGAACUUCUUAUUGUCUAAAGGGUCACUCGUAAUAGGUUGCAGUAGUUGUUAAAGGAG